GCCAAAGAUUUUGAUUCUCCGCUACUGCAAUUAUAGAGAUUAAGUACAGAACUCGACCCAUCUGCAACGAACCGCGUAAAGCACAGAACUAAAAGCAGUUUUCUUCCAAGAAAAGAUGUCUGGUAACCAGAACAAGUCUGAGAAGAAAUCCGCCUCGGGCUAUGGCAUCGUGAAGCGCGGGGUCGUGGGAGCCCUGGCCGCCAGUGUAUGAACUGCAAAACUAUCGUACUAGUAGUAAGUAAUUGCAAUACAAAUUAGCUCAGCAUGACAAUAAUGGAAUUUGUCAUGCUGUUUUGCCUUGGGAUGGAGAUUUGUAGUGCGUGACUGCGAUUACUACGAGUACGAUACUUUUGCACAGGAUACAGUGCCGGGAUCAACAACAUCCUGGGCGCGUCCGCGUACGACCAGUCGAAGGGAACGGGGGGGGGUGGCUUCACCCUGACCCCGGAGGGGGAGACGGAAGGAACCGACGUGACCACCGCUGAAGGGGAGGGAGGUACCACUUCCUUAAUUCGCAGAGUGUGCUUUUAUGGAGUAUUCAUUAAUGGCGACUUUCUCAGUUCUCUCCCCGUGCUUUCAUCGAUUUCAAAUAAUGCUCCUAUGCAACUAUCAUGAUUUAAACAGAUGCGACCACUGCUGCGGCUGCUUUGCAAACACUGAAAUCCGCAUCCGAUUCCAGACAGCUGCGCUUUAAAAUUGAACCCCGCUGCAAGUGGAUACAAAUGGAGACCGCGGGUUACGGCAAGUGCCGCCUCGAAGCCGGUGGGAUACAAUUUUCCGAUGAGGAAAGUAGCCGAUGCUGUUUUCCGACCAGAGAACGUUUUGGUGCGCCGAUGGUCUGCGAAAUGUUAAACGAUGUCGAUGGCUGCGACUUAGCCAUCGUCUCUCCGGGUGAGUAAAUAUUUUCUUAUGUCUCAGAACAUCGUUGUAUCUAUAAUGAUUAUAGAACAGUGACCGCACUCACCUGUGGCUUCGACAAGAACAGAUCUUCUUUAGACAAACAACAAGCUACCUCCGCCAGUGCUUAUGCAUUGCUGGAAAAGUAGAAGGGUGCUCUUUUUCGACUUUGCAGGGUCUUCAACUUCAUCUACUUUAAAUUACUGUAGCAGCCCAUGAUGUUGGUGCACCAGUUUUGAUUUCAGUUUCACGAAGAAUACUUACACACGAAAGCUUGACACCUCCGAGAUGAAAUUUGCGCGUGACAAGGAAGUUGCCGUUUCGAAACAAUCGACCCGGAGUCACUCCGGGUCGUGAAUGUAAAAAGAGGACACCGACGAGAUCGCGCACAGUAAUUCUUACGGUCUUGCUGCUUGGCAGGGAAUAGUUGUAGAAGUGAUUUGAUGUUUCGGAGAAAAACAUCUUCGAAUACAAAAGCAGAACACAAAACCAACCAAAGGGUCCAGGGCUAAUCUGGUAAUCAACUGAUGACUCGGCAUAUAUAUCUCAAGCGCAACACUAGUGACUUUUUACAAAUUUGAUUGUUCGAGGAACGAAAACAGUUUCUACUUUUACAACUUUUACAGAUUUAUGACGACAGCUUGUGAGCUGUUUCCAGUUUUACUUUUAUCACAGCGCCGACUUAUUUUAUUUGUACUACAGAACUAUAUACCAAGAUAAGAACAGAUCCGCUCGAUUAGAAGACCCGAAGUUGCAACAAGUGCUUUGACAUCUGCAAAGGUGGAAAAGUAAUGAAGUUGUGCUUCUUGUCAACUGUAGCACCUUGCAUUAUGUAAGACAUCGCCGCUGGCUCCUCGUAAGGCGGCGAAGUAAAGGAAACAUACCGGAGCAAAGAUUUCUCCGAGGAAUGCAACAACAAAUUUGCGGACUUCCUUACACUACUAUUUUCCCCGUCGCACUACUUUUACGUCGCCGUAAAAGUAAGUGCCUGUAAAUGCACCAGUUUUGAUUUCACGAAGAAAUAAUACAGAUACACACGAAAACUUCACAUCCACGAGAUUGAACUUGCGCGUUACAAUUAAUUUGCCGUCUCGAAACAGUGG